AUGUUAAUGUCUUCUGAUAAAGAAGAGGACCCAGAUGUUAUUCCUGAAGAUAGCAGUCUACUAACUCUUCAAAUUAGAAAAGAGGCGUUAGAGAGGAGAGAAGAAACAAUUAUUGUGGAUCGGGCUUGCAGACAAGAAACUCUUGCCUAUGAGAUGGAAUCACAUGCAAGCGGAAAGAGGCCAGACAGUCCAACAGAUCUAGUUGAGGAGGGAGAGCUACUUUUAACGCUGAACAUAUUCUACCCUGUCAUAUUUCAGAAGCAUAAAGACUACAAACCCUAUCAGACAGUCCUUGUACUGGGCAGCCAGAAGCUCACCGAGUUGAGAGACUCUAUUUCCUGCGUCAGUGACUUCCAGAUAGGUGGUGAGUUCAGCAGUCAGCCAGAUCAAGCACCAGAACACGUAAGCAAGUAUGUCCAUGUUUCUCUUGUACUGAGGAUCUCGGAACUGGGCACAGGACUCCAGGUGUGCCCUCACGAGUGCUGA